GUGCGGGGGCGGACAAAGGGAGGAGGGGGCGGGCGGGGGGCGGGCGCCUCCGGGGCUGAGCGCGGGGGGGGCGCAGCUCCGAAUGCCGGUACGGGCACUGCCGGCGGGAGAGAAGCGGGUGCGUGUGCCCGGUGGCGACACCUUCGCACAAACGCCUUUCCGAAUCCAGCCCGGCGCUGGCGCCGUUGUUAUUGCAGUUAUUACUGUUGGUAUUAAUUAUUACCGGCCGCGCUCGCCCCUGCCCGAGCGGCGACGGCGGGAGAGCUCCGAGGUGCGUGUGUCCGCCGGGCAGGAAGAGUUAAGAGGCGGAGGAAAGGUAGAGAGAAAAAAAUGUCUUAUCCAGAGCGUGACUCUAGCAAGAAGGCUCCGGCAGGACUCUUGUUUCAAAGGGGACAAAGUGCUUCAGCAACAGCACAACUUUGAGAAAUGCAUCAUCACCACCAUCACCACCAUCAUCAUCACAGGAAGUUUUCUUAGGACACCAACAAAACUUGCAAUUAACAGAGCAAAAGGAGAUCGAGGAACCGAGGAGAGAAAGACAGAGAGAGAGGCAGAAAAAAAGGAAAAUAUAUCCACACACAAAGCCUUAAAGGAAGAAGAAAAGGAAAAGUUUCACUCUGAGAGGGGAAGGCUGAGAGGAGGAGAUGUACUCCUAGGGGAGCGGAGGGGAGAAGGCACGGGGGCUUUUUGAUCCCCCCCCCCUUUUUUUCGCUUUUUAGCCUUUGUUUGGUUUCCUCCCUGCGAGCAGCAAACCCGGGCGAGAAGAAGGCGGAGGAAAACUACAUGUACAGCUAAAUAUUUCUCUUUUUUU